GGCUGAGCUGGGGGGUGGUUCUUUGGAGCUGGGAGGGAGGAGCCGAGCAGACCCGGGCUUGGGGGGUGACCAUGGGUGGUUGAGGGGUGCCGAGUUCAGAGGCGGCCCAUGCUGGCGGCCAUGGCCGAGGAUUACUGGGACUCGCAAUAGCAGCAACCGCCGCCAAGCAGUGACUCCAGCCCCUUCCCCAUCAUGGAUCGGAUGAAGAAGAUCAAGAGGCAGCUGUCCAUGACGCUACGGGGGAGCCGAACUGUAGAGAAAAACCUCAAUGAACCCAUUAAUAUAGAGGAAAACAACAGUAGCGAUAAUGGCCCCACAGUGAAGAGUGUGCAUCCCAGCACCUCCCGCAGCGUUCACGCCUUCCUGCACCACUACGCAGGCUCCUUCCACAGGUCCCGUCUGGCCGUCAGCCGCAGUCUGAGCUCUCACCUCGGCCGUACCACCCGAUUAGAAAUUGUUCACGAGGACCUCAAAAUGGGUUCGGAUGGUGAGAGUGAUCAGGCAUCAGGAACAUCAUCAGAUGAGGUGCAGUCUCCCGUCCGAGUGCGUAUGCGGAACAACCCAGCGCGCAAGAUUUCCACUGAGGAUAUUAACAAGCGCCUGUCACUCCCAGCUGACAUCCGUCUGCCCGAAGGCUACCUGGAGAAACUGACCCUCAACAGCCCUCUCUUUGACAAGCCCUUGAGCAGGCGGUUACGCAGAGUCUCUUUGUCCGAGAUUGGCUUUGGGAAGCUGGAGACAUACGUGAAGUUGGACAAAUUGGGAGAGGGAACCUAUGCCACUGUCUACAAGGGAAAGAGUAAGCUCACUGACAACUUAGUGGCUUUGAAGGAGAUCCGUCUUGAGCAUGAAGAGGGCGCCCCUUGCACAGCCAUUCGGGAAGUUUCACUUCUAAAAGAUUUGAAACAUGCCAACAUAGUGACCCUGCAUGAUAUCAUCCAUACGGAGAAAUCCCUGACUCUCGUCUUCGAGUAUUUGGAUAAAGACCUCAAACAGUAUCUAGAUGAUUGUGGGAACGUAAUAAACAUGCACAAUGUGAAGUUGUUUCUGUUCCAGCUGCUACGUGGCCUAGCCUACUGUCACCGUCAGAAGGUGCUGCAUCGAGACUUGAAGCCCCAGAAUUUGCUUAUUAACGAGAGAGGGGAGCUCAAACUAGCAGAUUUUGGAUUAGCCCGGGCAAAAUCUAUCCCCACCAAGACCUACUCCAAUGAGGUGGUAACACUUUGGUACCGACCGCCUGAUAUUCUGCUGGGCUCGACAGAAUAUUCCACCCAGAUUGACAUGUGGGGUGUGGGCUGCAUUUUCUAUGAGAUGUCCACAGGGCGGCCGCUCUUCCCAGGCUCCACAGUCGAGGAGCAGCUGCAUUUCAUUUUUCGGAUAUUGGGGACACCCAAUGAAGAGACAUGGCCUGGAAUCUUGUCCAAUGAAGAAUUCCGAGCGUAUAACUACCCCAAAUACCGUUCUGAGGCCCUGAUCAACCACGCCCCAAGGCUAGACAAUGAUGGGGUUGAUCUUUUAGGAAAGCUGCUACAGUUUGAGGGCAGGAAGCGGAUCUCUGCAGAUGAGGCCAUGCGUCACCUGUUCUUCCACAGUCUGGGAGAAAGAGUCCUCAAACUUCCAGACAGUAAGUGCAGGCUUGGGAGGGAGAGAGGCCAGAGAUGUCAAGUAGUGAAUGAGAACAAGGUUAAGAGAAGGGCGUGUGAUGAAAACACGAAGUGGAUGAUAAAAGGACCAUGAAUUCAUUUGCAUGCUAUGCCCAAUUCUUGCCAUGAAUGACAUCUCCAUUAACUUCUUUUAACUUCUCAGUUAUGAUGUAGUGGUUAACUGGAGAGGAUGUUUCCAUUGAUGGGCUAAGAAUUGAAGGGUACCCAUGCUCUUUUUGCAGUUAUUUUGUUACUCAGCUAAUCCAGUGGGUUAGUGUAUGUAGUACACUGCUAAAGGCUGGAGUGCAAGUCUGAUCAGUUACUUCAGCAUAUGACAGCUAUCUUCACAAUUCCUGUCAAUUGGGAAUCACAAAGGACAGAAGAUCUAGAUGUUUACCAUUUGACACUGUGGCACAUUGUAUGAAGGGUCUUUUCCUUAGACUUACACCGCACCAACCUGCUUCCUGCUUCUCCUAUCCAUUUUUAUUUAGCCUAGCUUUAAUUAACCUGCUUUAAUAUGCUGGCCAAAGGAAAUACUGACCUCAAUUCCAUCUUCUUCUCUGUCUCAACAAGGCAGAAGAAGGGCAGGGAGAAGACUGAAUGGGGAACACCUUUGGUGUCAGGUGCUGACAGCAGAAGACUACAGGACUGUUAGCUUGGUGAUCUUAGAGAGCAUGGGUGUCAAACUCGCCGUGUCAUGUUGCUAUCACAUGACAUAGCGCGAUGUUUUUUCCCCUUUCAGGAGUUGGGGUGGGCAUGG